AUGCAUGUGAUCAUCAGAACAUAUGAUGGGCGAGAAUGUAUUGUAGAUGUGCCACCGGACGGCACUCUUCGUGAUGUGAAAGACGCGUUGAAUUUGCGGAUGGGAAUUCCUGUGAACCGUCAAAGAAUUGUGCUCCAUCCGAAAGGACCUUUACCGGAUCGGGAUCUCAUGUCUCAGCACAACAUUCGGGAAGGUUCUAUCCUCAUGCUUGACUACUUGCCAGAGAAACAGAUUCGUUUGCUUCACCCGGAACCCUCGGUUUACCGUAGCCUAUACGACUAA